GAAAAACUGUUGAAACAAAAAGCAAAGAAAACCGUGCACAAGUCAGAAGAAUUAAAAGGAAAAUUUUCCUCCAUUUGCAAAGGUACUUUACGUUACUACGCGUUUUCAUUUCGUUUACUCUUCUUCAAUACUCUCUCUUUCAUCAAAACCAAAAUGUCGGACGGAGGAUUAACGGUUUUGGACGGAACACAGCUGAAAGCCGUCAACUUAUCGUUACCGUCACCGCCCGAAAGCUCUGUCACCGGAGCUGAGCUUCUCGAUUUCGCAGAAUCUAAAAUCUCAGAGUCACUAUUCGGAUUCUCAUUGCCGGAUGCUCUCAAGUCCGCCGCUCUCAAACGCAUCGGCGUCUCCGAUGACGUGGAAUUCCGCCGUGAACGGCUCGAUCGUGAAAAUGCCUCGUCUGUGGUACGGAAUUACGUCGAUGCCAUUGCGAAUGAGCUUCAAGAUGAUCCUAUAGUCAUUGCAAUUUUGGAUGGGAAAACUCUUCAAGUGUUUUUGGAAGAUGAAGAUGACUUUGCCAUGUUGGCUGAGAAUCUUUUCACAGAUUUAGACACAGAAGAUAGAGGAAAGAUCAAAAGAAAUCAAAUUUGGGAUUCUCUCUCUCACAUGGGUGUUGAAAUGGGAAUUCCUCCUCUUUCAGAGUUUCCUGUACUAAGUGACAUUUUAAAGAAGCAUGGAGCUGAAGGAGAGGAUGAAUUGGGGCAAGCCCAAUUCGCCCAUUUGCUUCAACCUGUGCUUCAGGAGCUGGCUGAUGUUCUUGCUGAGAAGCCUGUGGUUGUGUUGCAGAAAAUCAAGAUCAAUAAUGGUUCCAAAUUAAGAAAGAUUUUGGCCGAUGAAAAGCAACUUAGUGAGACAGUAGAGAAGUUAAUGCAGGAAGAGAAAGACAGUCUAAGUACAAAAGAUGUCAUUCGGCAUUAUCUUGAGAAAAAUGGAGCAUCAUUGGGCUUGCCACCUCUGAAGAAUGAUGAAGUGGUGAUUCUUCUAUAUGAUGUUGUAUUAGGUGAAACAGAAAAUGGAAACACUGAUGCAAAGACAUCUGAGAAGGACGAAUUCUUGGGUUCUCUGAAGGAGAUUCUUGAGAAGUUUGCUGCUCAACUUGAAGUUAACCCAACAUUUCAUGAUCUUGAGAAUUGAAGGUACAUUGAUGCGCCAUCAAAUACACCCUCUCAAUAUAAGUUAUUUCAGAAAAGGUCACAAACUCAUCCCAUGAAAUUUAUCUUAGAUUUUGACACAUAAUAUUAUAUUAAAUUUCUUCUAUUUAAUGUGUUCCUAUAUAAUUUCAAAGGAUGGAGCAAGUUUCUGGAGUCCA